AUGGAUAGUACUCAAAACGGUGGUAAAUUUGCCACUAACACUACACCUACACCUACGCCUACAUAUGCAAAUUUGCAUGCCCCACCAAACUGGCCUUCAACGCGACCAUAUAAUGGCGUAAAAGAUCUCACUUUCCAUAUAGUCUUUACAUUUAUUUAUAUCUUUUUUAGUUUAAGUUUAAUUGGCUCUAUCUAUGUAAUAUAUCGAACAUAUAUGAAAUGGAAGAGUAAUAAUUACGAAACGCUUCCUAUGUCAUUAAGAUUGCCAUUUUAUAGUGUUAUAGUUGAUUGCUUGAUAAUAAUCGCACAUCUAGUUAACACAGUAAAUAUCCAAGGUUACUCAGUUAUAUAUGCGGUUCCAUGGUUCAGUCCAGUGUGUGAGGUUAUUGGUGCAUUAUCAAUUUGGACUCUUAGUUUAAAUCUACAUCUUUUCUUUACAGUAGCUAUUUCCACCUAUCUUCGAGUUUGCCGAAAGAUACGAUUCGAUUACGGCAAAUGCGAUUACAAACUUUUUAUUAUUGUUGUUGCUUUGGCCACGCUACCGUUGUUAACAGUUAUCAACGGAUAUGGGGCUGGAAGAUGGUGGUGUGCUGGGAAGAAGAAUGCCAACACACUUGAGAUGAUAGGAAUAAUGAGUAUGACUAUGGAAGUAGUCAUAGUAAUAUUUGCACAUUAUCGUAUUAUAAUAUUGUUAGUACGUCAUCGCUCACAACUACGCGAAAGACUGGAUAGUCGUACAUUUAAUGACUUUGAGCAUCGAAUCGCAAGAAAUGUCGCACGAUAUAUUCUGCUUUUUUUUUUACAAUGGUUACCCAUAAGCGUGUUUGUAGCAGUGCAUAGAAAUGGCAAUGAAGAAGCUUGGACAUAUAUAAUCCUGAUUAUAGGACUGAGCUUCAGUGGAAUAGCUAACUCCAUACAAUACAUAGUAAACGAAGGAUUUUCACAUAAAAUUGCAUUAACAUCAAGUUCUAAUAAUUCUAAUUCAUUAGAGGUGAUAACGAUAAAAAAUUAA